AUGCCACAAGGUCCUCCUCUGACAUCCCAUCAAAGAGCCCACCAGGAAGAAAAGAGAGCUCCAUCUCCCUCCAGGAACCCAGCCAUGAACUCCCUCUGCACAAACGCCUUCAGCCCGCUGGCCUUCUCCCUGGGGCUGCUCCUGGUGAUGGCUACUGCUUUCCCUACUCCGGCCCCCCUGGGAGAAGAUGCCAAAGAUGAGACCACCUCAAAGAGAUCACCACUCGCCUCUCCAGACCAAAUUGAAAAACUCAUUAAGUCCAUCAUCCUCGAAAUCUCUGAAGUGAAAAAUAAGAUGUGUGACAGCCAUGAAUCAUGUAAAAACAGCAAGGAAGCACUGACAGAAAACAACCUGAACCUUCCAAAACUGACAAGAAAAGAUGGAUGCUUCCAAUGGGGAUUCAAUCAGGAGACCUGCUUGAGGAGACUCACCACCGGUCUUGUGGAGUUUCAGGUGUACCUGCAGUACCUCCGGAACACAUUUGAGGAAAAUGCCAAUGCCAUGCAGAUGAGAAUCAAAGCCCUGGUCAACAUCCUGAAGCAAAAGGUGAGUAAUCCAGUUGAAGGAACCAUCCCUGAGCCCACCACAGACGCCGGCCUGCUGGAGAAGAUGCAGUCACAGAGUGAGUGGCGGCAGACCACGACAAUUCACCUCAUCCUGCGGAGCCUCGAGGACUUCCUGCAGUUCACCCAGAGGGCCGUUCGGAUAAUGUAG